GGAACAAAAAUGGAUUUGCGUUGCAUUCAAAGAUCCUAGAAUAGUUUGUGAAACAAGUGUUCGUAUAAUAAUACCGCCCACGUGCUCGUAACUCAUCAGUAUUCCAUAUUUUUGAUCGCUGCCGAAAUGGCUCACCGUACGGAUCAUGGGCGAUCGAGAGAGUCGGGCUCACGAAGAAGACAUCGUUCACGUUCCCGCAGUCCUCCAGUUGCAGCUUCUCCUGCCCGCGACGAUACUCAAUCCCUUGAGCAGACGAAUUUGAUUCAUUUUUCAUUUUUAAAUCACAAAACCGAGCUGAACCGGGUGCUGCGUGGAUAUUGUGCCCGCGAUCAACUGGUGGACGAUGUGAACGACUUCUGGCUGUUCGUGAACAAGUACGAAGCACUGCUGAAGCGCACCGGACAACCGAUCCUGCCCGACCCAUCGACGGAGGGCAAGCGGCUGGACUGUCCCAGCGGAACGAUUCCCAGCGAGUACAGGAAAUCGCUCGGAUGUUGCGUGUCACUGAGAGUUCCGGUGGAAGAACUGUUGGCACGGUUGGGUGGAACGACGGGUGCCGUGACGCGCACCAAACUGCUGCAACUGCUGCAGAUCGUAACGCAUUAUCUGGACUUUCGCCAGCGGGAAAAGUUUAACAAGUUGCGCAAAUUGCGCCAAGCGCAGGCCAAUCUGCCCGUCGCCAAGCAUCGCGAAGAGAUCGUUGAAGCGGUACGAAACGAACGCGUGGUAGUGCUGGCCGGUGAUACGGGCUGCGGGAAAUCGACCCAGGUGCCGCAGUACCUGUACCGGGCGGGUUACGAGGGGAUUGCCUGCACGCAGCCGCGGCGUAUCGCUUGCAUUUCCCUGUCGAAGCGCGUUGCGCACGAGCUGCUGGCCGAGUAUCGGACGGAGGUUGGGUACCAGAUACGGUUCGAGCGGAGCAAAAACACCAACACCAAGAUACUGUUCAUCACGGAGGGAUUGUUGCUGCGGCAGCUGGCCAGCGAGGACAAUCUGCAGCAGUACUCGGUCAUCAUACUGGACGAGGUGCACGAGCGCCACCUGCACGGUGACUUUCUGCUGGGGAUUGCCAAGUGUUUGAUACGCGCCCGGCCCGACCUGAAGCUGGUGCUCAUGUCGGCGACCAUCAACAUCAAGCUGUUCGCGGAUUACUUCUCCGAGGAGGAGGCACGCAUCAUCGAGGUGCCGGGACGGUUGUUCCCGAUCAAGCUGCACUACAUGCCCCAGCUGCAGGAUGUGCCGAUGGUGAGCGGCGGUGCCGGAGGCUCGAAACGCACCCAGAGCGACCGUCUCAGCCCGGAACCGUACAUACAGAUUCUGCAGCUCAUCGAUCAAAAGUACCCGCCGACGGAGAAGGGCGACGUGCUGAUCUUUCUGAGCGGGUUGAACGAAAUCACGGCGAUCGUGGAUGCGGCCCGCGAGUACAACGAGAAGAACAAGAACUGGAUCAUACUGCCGCUGCACAGCACGCUCUCGAUCGCGGAGCAGGACAAGGUGUUCGAUUACGCACCGGACGGUAUGCGCAAGUGCAUCGUGUCCACGAACAUUGCCGAAACGUCGGUCACGAUCGAUGGCAUUCGGUUCGUGGUGGACAGCGGGAAGGUGAAGGAGAUGAGCUACGAUCCCACCACCAAGAUGCAGCGGUUGAAGGAGUUCUGGAUAUCGAAAGCGUCGGCCGAGCAGCGCAAAGGUCGCGCAGGCCGUACCGGACCGGGCAUUUGCUAUCGGCUGUACGCGGAGAAGCAGUUUUACGACUUUGACGCGUACAGUACGGCCGAAAUACUGAAAGUGCCGCUGGAAUCGCUGCUGCUGCAGAUGAUUUCGAUGGGGCUGCCGAAUGCGCGUCUCUUCCCGUUCGUCGAACCACCGCCGAUGGAUAACGUGGAAAAUGCGAUCGUUAAUCUGAAGGAGGCGGAAGCACUCACCGAGGACGAAAAGCUGACACCGCUUGGGAAGGCGCUGGCCAAGAUUCCGGUCGACAUUGGCAUCGGGAAGAUGCUGCUAAUGGGUUGUGUGUUUCAGCAGCUGCAACCCGUACUAACGCUGGCCGCUGCAUUAAGCGUCCAAUCGCCGUUCACCAAUCGAGCCUACCGCGAUCCGGAGUGUGAGAGAGCGCGCAAAUCGCUCGAAUCCGACCAUGGCGAUCCGAUCACGCUGCUGAACGCGUACAAGGAAUGGUUGGAGAUCAAGCAGCACCGGACGGACUAUGGGCGGCGUGACGAUGGCGAUCGGCGCAGCGAAAGCUCCAAGGUGUGGUGCCGUCGUCGGGGGCUGGAAGAGCAACGGUUCUACGAGAUCACGAAACUGCGCAACCAGUUCCAGGAUUUGCUGCAGGACUGCGGUCUGAUGGAGACGCAAAACAACGACCAUCUAUCCAGCGCCGAGCGAGCGAUACGCAAUGGAGAGUUGCGUCAGCUGAAGGAGCUACGGAAGGCGCACCGCAUGGAAGCACCGCGGAAGCGCAAGCUGCUUAAAUCUGACCCUUGGGGGUUGGGUGAAGAUGGCGAGGAGGAGGCCGAUGAUGGCCGGGUGGACAUACGCGAUGUGGAGUUUCGCUUGAGUCACGACUCGUCCAAGCUGCAGCAUCUCGUGUCCGGUGCGACGGCCUGCAGUUAUCGCGAUCUGAUGACGCUCAAGCUGAUUCUGGUCAGUGGACUCUAUCCCCAGGUGGCGAUUGCUGACGAGUUCAACUACUGCAAGAGCUUAUCGGAACAGUUCUUUCACACCCGUGCCAAGCCGUACGUUUCGUUGCAUCCCAUGAGCUUCUUUGGCAACAACGCGCAGAUACUGCAGCUAACGGACAGUGAGAUCGAGGAGAAACCGCCGACGUACAAAUCGCGCCAGCCGCUCAGCUCCCGGCACCAGAUUGUGUGCUAUUUGACGCUGCUGGAAACGAACAAAUCCUACCUAACGAACACUUUGCGCAUGCCGGCCGCUCAAACGCUACUGCUGUUUGCGCAUACGAUCGAGACGAACGCGUCCUGCUCGCGCAUCGUGUGUGACGCGUGGUUGUGUUUGGAUUUUCCGGCGCCAGAAAGUGGGCAGGCGUUGCUGCUGAAAGCUACCAAACUGAGACGUCUAUGGAACCGACUGUUGGCAGAAAAGUUGAAAGCUCUCACCAUAACGGCCGAUGGUGAGCUGACGAAAGCCGAACGAAACGUCUCGAUCGAUCAGAUGAACCGCGAACUCUGGUCCAGUUUGGCUCAGUACAUGAACACCGAAGUGUGCUAUACCAUGAAAAAGCUACUUCCGGCGGAUCUAAAAACACUCUACAAAGGACCCUCGCUGGAGGAGGACGAGGAGGACGAGGAGCGGAUGGAGCUUCCGCAUCCGAAUCCCUUCGCGGAAGACUUCCAACCACUGCGCAACGAAACGAAGGGCGGCGUGUACUUGACAGAGAACAUCACUUACGGCUGUGUCGUUGAAACGGAUUGGAGCAUGCAGAUGCAGGAACUAAUCCUUGACCAGGACUGGGAAUGUGGCCAUUGUCGAGGAACGUAUCGUUUGACUGGACUGCAGAAGCUACAACAUACCGUCCUCUGUAAGCCGGUCGACGAUGAGGAGGAAAAGGUGGCCACAUCGACCACUAGCGACGCUAACAGUUUCAAAAAACUGAACGCAACUCGAUAUGAUUGUUCGAACUGUGGUCAGCAGCUGAUGCUGAGUGCGAUUGAGGUGCUAAAGCAUAAGAAGGGUUGUAGCAAGCGCGUUAAACAAGACCCGUCGGAUGAUCCGAAAGAAGAGAAAUGUUCGUAGAUCCAAUAUACCAAUAUAGAAUGUGAAAUGCUGUUUACGUA